AUGAAGACCGCCUGCCUGUCCGCUCUUGCCCUCGCCGGCGCCAUCGCCUACUCGAGCGCCGCCGACUGUGACAUGGCCAAGAUCGAGGGCAUGCUCUACCCGAACGCCUCGGCCGGCCUGGCCAGCUGCGAGAACGCCACGGGCAUCGACAUCUUCGCCGUCGGCACGUUCCCUACCACGGAGCAGGUCACGCAGCUCUCGCAGAACGUCGACUGCGCCGACUACCUCAACCAGAUCAACCAGGUGGCCAACUCGGAGAUCCAGUGCAACGUGACCAUCGAGGGCGUGCCCGUCAGCUUCGGCAAGCUCAUCGCCGACUUCCUCACCGGCAAGACUGGCAACGAGUCCGACUCGGGCAGCGGCUCGAUCGAGAUCCCGAGCGCCAGCGCCUCCGGGUCGGUCGAGUCGGGCUCGGCCAACCUCGACAGCUCGGCUACCAGCUCCGGCUCGGCCGCGUCGUCUAAGUCAACGGGCAGCAGUGGAGCUGCUGGUGCUCAUGCGCUCUCGUUCGUCGGUUACUGCGUUGCUGGCGCCAUCGCCCUGGCACUGCAUUAA